CUUGACUCGUCUUGUCAACUGACGAGUUCGAUUUUUGAGUACCGACAACGCCGCCGCCGCCACCGCCCGUGAAAAAAAAAAUCGCGUUCCAUUCUUGCUUUUUUACUACGCAAAACAGUCACCCUCGGUCGGAUCGCGACAUCGCCUGGCGCGGUUUUCGAUUUAGAACACAUUACAGACACGUGAUAACAGUUCCCGUAAGGAUGCAGAUAGUACUGCUGUUGAGUUUCAUAUCCUUGGUGCGCAUUACGGUGGCAGUUUCGGCGGCACGUAACGGAAGCUGCAAUUGCGUUUGCGGUGUCAAUGGUCGAUCGAAUAGGAUCGUCGGUGGAGAGGAAACCAACGCCCACGAAUACCCAUGGUUGGCAGGACUUUUCCGCCAAGGGAAGCUGUACUGCGGUGCUUCGGUCCUCACCAAGAACUAUUUAAUCACUGCGGCGCAUUGCGUUAACUCCUUCGAGCCAAAUGAAAUCAGGAUAUACCUUGGUGGACACAACAUUGCUAAGGACUACACUGAACUACGGCGAGUGAAGCGAAUCGUCGAUCAUGAGGACUUUGACAUUUUUACGUUCAACAAUGACAUCGCUUUGCUGGAAUUGGACAAACCCCUGCGUUAUGGACCCACAAUUCAACCUGCGUGCCUUCCGGAUGGAGGCGAACAUGAUUUCACGGGGUCGUUGGGAAUUGUUGCCGGUUGGGGACGCAUCGAGGAGAGACUACCACCAUCAAAGACGCUUCGAUCGGUUAUGGUACCGAUCUGGUCCCAGCAGCAGUGCUUGGAGGCAGGGUACGGCAGUAAAAAGAUUUCCGAGAACAUGAUGUGUGCUGGUUAUCACGAUGGAAAGAAAGAUGCUUGCCAGGGUGACAGCGGUGGUCCUAUGCAUAAAAUGGGCAAUGCUGGUAGUAUGGAGGUGAUCGGAGUGGUGUCCUGGGGUAGAGGAUGUGCUCGGCCCAACCUUCCUGGUAUCUAUACCAGGAUCGUUAACUACUUGCCAUGGAUUCACGACAAGCUUGAAGGAGAAUGCCUUUGCAUGCCACGGGAUGUCGCUGCCAGAAGCGAGCAAUGAUGUAGGCCAGACUUGAUAUGAUCUCAAAGUGUAUUUUAAUACAUGUAUGCCAUCCUAGAAUUGUGGAAUAUGCAGUAGUGCAACAGUCAGCAUAAAACCAGGAUUUGAGCAGGUUAAUUUAUUUAUUUAUUCUAGUCAGAAACAAUAGAUUUAGUAAACACCAUUAUUCGUAAGAAGGAAAACAAAAAGGGAGCUAGUUACUUUACCAAAAAUUUUAUAGGUUUAUCUUAAAAUACAUUUUCU